AAUUUGUUGGUCCACAUGAGAACUCACACAGGUGAGAAGCCGUUUUCUUGUGAAACAUGUGGGAAACGUUUCAGUCAUCACAGUUAUAUAGUGGUCCAUAUGAGAACUCACACAGGUGAGAAGCCGUAUUCCUGUGGAAUAUGUAAGAAAAGUUUCAGCAGACAGAGUCACUUGUUGGUGCACUUGAGAACUCACACAGGUGAGAAGCCGUACUCUUGUGGAAAAUGUGGAAAAGCUUUCAGUUAUCAGAGUAAUAAGGUGGUCCACAUGAGAAUUCACUCUGGUGAGAAGCCGUAUUUUUGUGAGACAUGUGGAAAUAGUUUCAGUUGCAAGUCUGGUUUAAGAACACACAUGAAAACUCACACAGGUGAGAAACCGUAUUUUUGCGAAGCAUGUGGAAAGUUUUUCAGUUACCAGUAUGGUUUAAGAACACACAUGAAAACUCACACAGGUGAGAAACCUUAUUGUUGUGAAUCAUGUGGAAAGUGUUUCCUUCGUCAGAAAGAUUUGUUGGCCCACAUUAGAACUCACACAGGUGAGAAGCCGUAUUCUUGCGACGCAUGUGGGAAAUGUUUCAGUCAACACAAUCAUAAACUGGCCCACAUGAGAACUCACACAGGUGAGAAGCCAUAUUCUUGUGAAAUAUGUGGGAAAAGAUUUACUAAUCGUGGUUCAUUGUCAUACCAUAUGAAAUCUCAUGAAGUAGUCAAGUCAUGA